AUGGCUUCGCCGUCGGAGCCAAAGUACGAAUUUAUCGUGGUCGGCGCCGGGCCUGCCGGAUGUGUUAUUGCCUGGAGGCUAGCAUCAAGCGCUGCUCGCCCAAAGGUACUGUUGAUCGAGGCGGGCGGAGACAAUGCAGGCACCGCGAAUCGAGUCGAUGCAGAACGCUGGAUCCAUCGCAUGUCUCCAGGACAGAAUUGGGGGUACCAGUCCAUACCUCAGGAACACCUUGGAGGUACCGUCAUCCCUCUCGACCGAGGCAAAGGUCUUGGAGGGAGUUCAGCCAUCAAUUUCUCCUGUUGGACCAUAGGGCCCAAAGAUGAUCAUGACGAGAUCGCAGAACUUGUUGGGGACGACGAAUGGAAGUGGUCAAACGCUCAGCCCCGAUACAAACGCAUUGAGACUUACCAUGCCCCUUCCGGACUGGACGGGUACCUUGAGCCAAAUCUCGCAGACCACGGACAUCAAGGACCUCUCAACAUUGGCUUUCCAGCCACUUGGGAGCGUACGCUGGAGCCACUUCUCGAAUCGGGAAUCCAGUAUGGGAUGAAGAAGAACGUCGAUCCUAACAAUGGGGAACCGAUCGGUAUGGGUAUAGUAGCAUCAACUGCAUACAGUGGACAUCGCACGACAGCUGCCGAUUUCCUUGUUGGGGCGCCGUCAAAUCUGCAUGUCCUGACAAGCACCCAAGUGGCGCGAGUGAUUUUUGAGGGGCAAACUGCUGUCGGCGUGGAAACCCUGGAAUCAGCAAAUCUGUUCGCGAGCAAGGAGGUGAUCCUCUCCUGUGGCUCGCUUGACACGCCCAAGAUCCUGAUGCAUUCGGGGAUUGGACCAGAAGACCAAUUGAAUAAGUAUGGCAUUCAAGUGCUUCAGCACAACGCCAAUGUUGGACAGCAUAUGAUGGAUCAUCACCAUUUGACGCUCAACUACCUUCGUGCUGAUCAUACCACUACUCGCCACACCUACUAUCGAAGCAAGCAGCUUCAAGCUGCAGCCCGAGCUCAGUGGGAGAAGGACGGCACUGGCCCUCUGUCAGAAAUUGGUACAGGCCUAGGGAUUGCGUAUCUGAAGCUCGACCGAAUGUACGAAACGAAGGAGUUCCAGGAGCUGGAUGCAAAGACUCAGGCCUUUUUGAAGAGACCAAACGUUCCCCUGUGGGAGCUGCUCGUGAAUGGCGCUUCGCCGGCUCACUUCAUCGAUCCGGAAAAUGCCCCUGCGAUGACUACUAUGUUCAUUUUCGUGAUGAAUACACAAUCAAGAGGUACUGUUACGCUCCAGUCAUCGAGGCCAGAGGAGCCCCUCGUGUAUGAUGAAGGUUUCUUCUCGCACCCCUACGACAGAAGACUGGCGAUUGAAAUGACCCGCGAGGCUCUGAAGUUCGUUGAAAGUCCAGCCUUUUCCAAGGAUACUGUGGGCGUGCUCGGUCCUGAAUUGCCGGCAUCCGCAAGCGAGGAGCAGAUUCUGGAUGCCUGGCGGAAGGGGACAGGCUCGACUUGGCACAUGUCGGGCACGGCAAGAAUGGGUCGGAAUGCAGAGACUGCUGUGGUGGACAACACAUUCAGGGUCUUCGGCGUGGACAAGCUCAGAAUCAGUGAUAUGAGUGUCUACCCGUUACUUCCCAACAAUCACACGCAGACAAGCGCGUAUCUGGUGGGGCUUAUGCUCGGCGACAAGCUGGUCGAUGAGUACCAUUUAGAGUGA